AUGACUUGGGAGACUAUCGCCGCUCAGAAACGCCAGGCCCUCAAGGCCUCGAUCCCCGCGGAGUGGGUGAUUCCUUCAGAUAUUCUUCCUCCUGAUAGUCAGUUGAACGUGACGAACUUUCUGAAAGAAUCCGGCUGGUUUACCAAAAGAGAACUGGAGAUUACUUCGACUCCAGCCCCCCAGCUUCUCGUGAAUAUAGCGACUAGCUCAUGGACGUCAGAGGAAGUUACCCGUGCAUUCUGCAAGGCUGCCGCGGCUGCUCAUCAAUUGACCAACUGCCUGUCAGAGAUUCUGUUUGAUAAAGCUAUCGCUCGCGCGCGCGAAUUGGACAAGUAUCUCGAGACAACCGGCAGGACCAAGGGCCCUUUCCACGGUCUCCCAAUCUCAAUCAAGGACAACUUCAAUAUUAUCGGCCAUGAUUCUACCGUCGGCUUUACCUCCUUGGUCAAUGACCCAGCUACGUACAACAGCACCCUAAUCGACCUGCUGCUUGACGCCGGAGCCGUGCUUUACGUGAAGACCAAUGUCCCCACUGCUAUGAUGAUCGCCGAGUCAGUCAAUAAUGUGUUCGGUCGUACUGUCAACCCUCGCAACCGUAACCUGACCUCUGGUGGCUCUUCAGGUGGUGAAUCCGCUUUGAUCGCCUUUGGAGCAAGUCGGCUAGGAGUAGGAACCGACAUUGGCGGUUCUCUGCGUAUACCUGCUGCUUGCACAGGUAUAUAUACCAUCAGACCAUCCGCCGGACGAUUCCCUAAUUUCCAAACCCGCUCUGGUCUCGCCGGCCAAGAGGCUGUCAACAGUGUCAAUGGACCCAUGGCUUCGACUCUGCCCGAAAUAAUUCUCUGGGCUAAAACGAUCGUCAGCCAGCAGCCUUGGAUCCGAGACCCCAAGUGUCUUCCCAUCCCUUGGAGGACGGUGACUCCUAAGCGCAGACUCAAGAUUGCCGUACUUUGGCAUGACGGUACAGUCGCUCCGACGCCACCAGUAUCCCGUGCCCUGAAGGAAACAGUGGCCAAGCUGCGGGGGGCUGGCCAUGAGAUCGUCGAUUGGGAAACAACAUGGCACGAUAGACUGCUAUCUAUCUUGUCACGCAUGUUCGUCGCAGAUGGCGGAAAGUCUGUUGCCAAUCUUCUCGAACCCACGGGUGAACCUUUCCGUCCCGAGAUGAAAGCCUAUGCCGACGCAGAGGAGAUGGGUGUUCACGCUAUGUGGCAACUACAACUAGAGCGUAACGGGGUGUGCAAGUCGUAUCUCGACCAGUGGAAUGAAAGCGGGAUCGACGCUAUACUUUGUCCUACUACACCUUAUAGCGGUGUUGAGAAUGGCAAAUUCGCCUAUGUUGGAUAUACAGGUGUUUUCAAUGUUCUCGAUUACCCUGCGGUUUCCUUCCCUUGCGGUAUGUAUGCUGACAAGACGAUCGACGGGGCAUAUGACGGCAACGAGCCAUUGAGUGAAAUUGAUUCACAGAUACGGAAUGAUUUUAAUGCGGAUAACAUCCAUGGAAUGCCAGUCAGUCUUCAGCUAGUUGGCCGACGACUUGAGGAGGAGAGCGCUUUAAUGAUGGCUGAAGUGGUACUGCAAACACUACAGGGAUAA